AUGUAUGAGAGAGAAAAAGAAGAAAUCGAGCGGAAGUUUCGAUUGGAGCAUGCUGCAAUCCAGAGGGAGUUGAAAGAAAGGGAAGAUGAUCUAGUGCAGGCGCUGCUCUUAGAAGUGGAUGAUCGCAUCCGAUUUAUAGAGGCCGAAGUAGCGGUGUUGGAUGUUGCUGGUCCCGCUUGUCCUACUUUCAGCAUGAACAAAAAAUGUCUUCGACGGUAUCAACGAGGGCAAGCAUUGGUGGUGCAGACAGAGAAUUAUGGCGCUUUUGCGGGAAUGAUCCUUUCUAUAUGUGAACAGUACAUCCAGUUCAGAUCGACUGUUCCUGGUUGUGGUCAACACGAAUGGAACAUCUUUGGUUGGUGUACGGAUUGGCGUUCGCUGCUUCUCCUUGCAGCUUUACUGUUGGCUCUAUUCCUACUGAUAUGCCUUCUUCACUGCUGUUGCAAGCUUUGCAUUGACCCAUGCCAAGUGAAGAAAAAACAGUGCGCUGUUUGUUUUGGUCAUAAUAAGGAGAAGGAAGAAAAACCGGUAAAAUGCAGGGGAGUUAGAGACCCUCCAGUUCAGAAGCCUGUUGCGUUACCUAAGAAGUACGCAGAGUAUUUCAUUUUAUCUUCUCGUCCAAAUACUGCGGAGUGGUUUCCACGAGACAGUUGCUACGAUGUUGAGCAAUCGGCCGCUAUUCUUCCUCCUCCAGCUACUGUAACUCAACCAGUCUUUGUUCCAAUACCUGUGCAUGGAUCGAAAGACUCUGCUGCAAAGAAGGUAGAGCAGGAAAUUAAGUUUGUGACUCCGCCAAAGCCAGACACCGUUGACGUCGGAGUGAAUACUGACCCCUGGCCCUUACAGAAGAAGCCCAAAGUGAAGAAGGUUGACAAUGUUGACAAGGUUUGCGCAAUUAAUAUUUCUGAACCAGAGCGAAAAUGGCGGAAUCAGCAUAAGGAAGCGGUUGCCGAAAAUAUCGAGAUAUGA